UUCAUUAGAUAUUUACAGAGGUCCCAGCCCUAAUUUGACACCGCUUUCCAGCGCCUUAUUCGCCCUUCCCAAAUCCCAUCAGCAUCGUUUGAGCCCCCAUUUACAAUGAGCGGCCUAGAAAUUAUCGGAGUUGUUUCCGCAGUCAUUCCAUUCCUUAUCAGUGCCGGUGGAGUUAAUGUCUCUACCUCGACGUUAAACUGGCUCUAUACCAAAGUUACUCGCACCCAUCGUAUAUAUCGCAAAGAUGGCCUGGUCGCGGUUCUGCUGCUCAACUUACUUCCAGGAGCCUCGUCGGCGAUAGAUCGAAUAGAUAAAAUUAUAUCAGAUACCGGUACGGAUGCGAGGCUGUCCGAAUUCCGGCAAUCUCUCAGCUCGAGCAUGAAUAUGGUUGCAGUAGCUGGCGCCAUAAUUGCUCAGGUUGCUAUUACAGGGUUGUCGCUUGAAGGUAUUGACCAAGCCCAUUGGACUGCCGCUGCUUUCCUUGUCGCCAGCCUCAUUUUCGGGGCUAUAUCGGUUUAUGCUUGCUUCAUUGUCCAACAGGAAGUAAAUGGCUUGCUGGGAACUGACGGUCUCUUGGAUUGGCUCUCUCGGCCGUUGACCGAGGAACAGGUCAACGAAAAAUUACAAAUGAUAUUGGAAUAUCUUAACUCCCUACAAGGCCAUCCUCCGCCUGGAGAUCCACCACCACGAAAUCAAGCGGCCCCGCUACCCGAACUUGAUUUUGUCGAUCCACUAGAUCGAGAAGCUUCCGCGUUGGCGGCUAUCGUUGUAGCGGCACCAUCCGGCCUUCUUGGAUUAUCACUCAAUUGUUUUGUCUUUGGCUUUGGUAUAUAUCUCGGGGGUGUAUAUUCUAACAACUUGAUUCCCGGCUUUGGGCGGGGCGGGUCACUUGGCAUCUUGAUAUUCUACAUUAUCGCAGCAGCAACGAGUACGUUUCUAUAUACGUUUCCUCGAGUUUUGAAGACUUCGGAGAGAUAUGGUACCGAGAGAACUGGGGAUUCCCGUGUUCGAUUAGAGGAAGCGAGCCGUACGUUGCGGAAUCACGAGGCUCUUAUGGCCAGGCGCAAUGAGCAAUUGCUGAACGUUCAUCCCUGAGCGGUGACUCAGUCGUUGGAUAUCGUAGCACAAAACAAUAUUUGGAUACGCUCUGAACUAAGUUCCAUUGAACGGACCACCCAAUGGGCUAAAUAUGGGCCGAUAUACCAUAGCAUUCGCAGACUAGAAUCCCUCAGAGCUCGAUCCUGGUCCCAACCCCCUCCCCCCAAAAGUUACUUGACGCGAGUUAAUCUCGAAACUACCAACCCCACAAGCUACUGCGUUUUAUCGGCGUGAUUCCGCGUUCCUUGGAUUUAGGAAUUCUUGUUCUUGGCGGAAGUGGCCUCGCUUUCACUCUCUCCUCCCCUAAACAACCAAGCCAAUCCAGCCCCUGGACCCGCAACCGCUACAAUCCCCAGAAAUAUAGCGUGUAGAAGCCGAGAGCAAGUACAGAUAGGGCAGCGCCAAUGGG